AUACAAGGAAUGGGGACAGACCGGGGAGACUCCCCAUCCCUGGGAAGAAAAGAAGAGGCAACCCAUCCCCCGCUCCCAGCCCCACACCCCCAGAGUUCCAAAUCCAGUUCUACUUCUGUUUACGUCCAAAGUCCCGGGCACUGGAGAUGCCAGGGCUGUCUGCGCACCCUAAUCCGCCAGGCUUCAGCCCGUUUCUUAGCCUUGGAUCUGCGCAGCAUCGAGGGACCCAGGAGUCAACCUUGAGACCUUCAGCAAGUCCAGCCAGCCCUACCAUGACAAAGGAGUAUCAAGAUCUUCAGCAUCUGGACAACGAGGAGAAUGACCAUCAGCACAGAAAAAGGCCGCCUCCUACCCACUCACUCUUUCGGCGUCUCUGCUCCGGACCCAGCCUCAUCCUGAUCUCCAUCGGCCUUAGCCUCCUGCUGCUGGUGGUUGUCUGUGUGAUCGGAUCCCAGAACUCCAAGCUGCAGGAGGAGCUGCGGGCCCUGAGAGAAACGUUCAGCAACCUCACAGUGAGCACGGAGGCCAAGGUCAAGGCCCUGAGCGUCCAGGGAGGAAAUGUGGGCAGAAAGAUGAAGUCCCUGGAGUCCCAGCUGGAGAAACAGCAGCAGGACCUGAGUGAAGAUCACUCCAGCUUGCUGCUCCACGUGAAGCACUUUGUGUCUGACCUGCGAAGCCUGAGCUGUCAGAUGGCCGUCCUCCAGGGCAACGGCUCUGAAAGGACCUGCUGCCCCGUGAACUGGGUGGAGCAUGAAGGCAGCUGCUACUGGUUCUCUCGCUCGGGGAAGCCCUGGCCCGAGGCUGAGAAGUACUGCCAGCUGGAGGACGCCCACCUGGUGGUGGUGGGCUCCUGGGAGGAGCAGAAAUUUAUCCAGCACCACAUGGGCCCUGUGAACACCUGGAUGGGCCUCACUGACCAAAACGGGCCCUGGAAAUGGGUAGACGGGACGGACUAUGAGUCGGGCUUCAAGAACUGGAGACCAGAGCAGCCGGACGACUGGUAUGGGCACGGGCUCGGAGGAGGUGAGGACUGUGCCCACUUCACAGAUGACGGCCGCUGGAACGAUGACGUCUGUCAGAGGCCCUACCGGUGGGUCUGCGAGACACAGCGGGACAGGGACAGCGAAAGCUAGCAGCCUCCUCUCCCCCUAAUUUAUUUCCUCAAUGCCUUUACCUGCCAUAGGGCUCCUGGUUUGGGGACCCUCCUAUCUGGGGGCUUCUGGAUUUUCAUCUAAGAUUUGGAGGGAAGGGGGAAGGGUGGUGUCUGAGGAAUGUAGACUGAUGUUUGGAGGGGCGAAGAGAUUGAAACCCAUGCCACUUUCUGUGGUUUGCAGGUUAUUACUGUCAACUUGUUUUUUAGAGUAAAA